AUGGCAUCUUCAGACAAUUCCCCAAAAAGUGGUCACCCCUCGUUGGCAGCUACUGCUCCCAUUGAGGUUGCAAUUCCUCGAUCUCCACGAUUGAGUACAUCUCAAUUGAGUCCUGGUAGUGGUGGUGGUGCUGCUACCUCGCCGAUAGGUGGUGCUGCGACUUCUCCGUUGAGACAACCUUCAAUCGCCGAUCUCUUAUCAACUCCACCUCCAUUAAUCACUACUAGUAUUACAGAUUCUAGUAGUCAUCAUUCAAGAAGAGCCAGCUCUGCUUCUCGAAGUAGUGAUGAUGCUAGCACUGGUAGUGUUACUCCGCACAUUGCAGCUUUCCCGCCUGUUAACAGUGCAGGCUCCCAGAUAUCAAGGGAUUGGCAAGAAGUCCCUCUAUCUGAACUUGUUCAAAAGGAAAAACUUAUAGUUGUCGAUUCAACAGCGUCGGUCGAACAGGCAUUUGAGACUUUAGACGAACACGACCUUACUUCAGUUCCUAUUCGCGACGGAAACACCAUUACACACACAUUCGACUAUGCUGAUUUGAAUGCUUAUCUAUUACUAGUAUUAGGGCACAUCGAGCCAAUUGACAGGACACCUGACGUCGAGCAAAAGGUUGUAAAUGCUAGAGCUGGAAAAGAAGUACCUGUUAAAUUUGUAUCACAAUUAGGGAUUAAGGAUCCUUACGUUGUUAUUCCAUCCAACUCGACGCUGUCCACAGUUGUUGAGAUUCUUGGCAAUGGUGUACAUCGCAUUGCAGUAAGCGAUCCAGCUACUCCAAGUGAUAUUAUCGGUAUUGUGUCCCAACGACGUUUGAUUAGGUACAUUUGGGAAAAUGGUAGACUCUUCAAGUCGCUUGAACCCCUGUUCCAAAAACCUCUAAGUGAGCUCCAUGUUGGAUCAACUAAUGUAUUAUCAAUCAACGGCGAAGAGCCCGUUAUCCACGCGCUACAAAAAAUGCAUAAUGAAGGAGUCUCGUCUUUGGCUGUGGUUGAUAAUAACAAGAACUUGCUGGGGAACAUCUCAAUUGUGGAUGUGAGACUUUUGACUAAGUAUUCUCAAUCACCUUUACUUCGUUCAAGCUGCAAGCAAUUUCUCAAUGUUAUUUUAAGCAAGCGUGGUUUACAAGAUGGUAAAGAUUCAUUCCCAGUAUUCUAUGUUACUCAAUCGUCGACUCUUGGCCGUACACUUGCGAAGAUGGUUGCCACCAGAGCACAUCGGCUAUGGAUAGUGCAACCAUCAAACCCAUCGUCUACUGAUUCGCCAGGAGCAGUUACUGAGGGUCAUCUGACCGGCGUUGUAUCUUUGACUGACAUUCUCUACCUUUUUGCAAAACAUGCGGGCAAAGAAUACCUUGAUCCAAAUAAUGCUCGGCGUCAACGUCGUCGUAGUUCAUCCUCAUCCGUCCGCACUCAGAGCUCCGUAGAUGCCUUUAAGCGGAGUCUUUCCAUAGAUCGCAGAUAG